AUGCCAAAACGAUUCCUCAAUGUUGAAUACGACACUAUUUCUACUGAAAUCGAUGUGACAGACUUUGAAGACCUGAGUGACGUUCAGGAUGCUAUCAAGGCAAAGUAUGGUCCUGCUAUUCCUGUCUCACCUGCUUUCAUCCAGCUAUACGACCAGCAAGGCCAGCUUAUCGCAGACUUGGACGAUAUAGCAAUUGAAAAGACUCCACAGUACUAUCAGGAACUGGCUAAAGGUGGAUCUUGUGUUGUUAUUGGUUGUUUACCACUACCUACCAGGAAACCAAGCAAAAGUACCAUUUUUGAUGCAGGUUCUACUUCUUUAUCAACAGCAAACCAUCAAGACUUUUCUCCUAAACGACAACGUAUCGAACCCAAUGAUUUGACAGCCCAAUUCAAGUCGUUUGCAAACGCCCAGCUGAUCGAUGAAUGCAUACAGUCGACAGAUCAUGUCUUUUUCCCAUACACCCAAGACAAAAUACAAAAGCUAUAUGUUAGAGAGUGCUAUCAUGAUGUGUUUGGCUUGCUCCUGGAUCAAAUUGAUCGUGGCAUGGAAUCAUUUGCAAUAUCUGGAACAUCAGGCAUCGGAAAGUCACUGUUUUUUGUCUACAUAUUGCAUCGCUUGAUGGAUGACUUUACCACGAAAACUCUGUCUCUAAAGCCAAACCGAAUUGUUUAUCAAGUGGGAUCCUCGUACAAAUGCUUUGACUUGCAGCAACAGCUCGUCACAGAGCUUGGAGUUGAUGCGGAGGAAUUGGUUUGGAAACAAGAUACAUUCUACGUUAUUGAUGGACGAACGUCUGAACCACUCAUUUCGUCUUGUAUUGUAUUGUUCAUGUCAUCCCCCCGUUCGGAAUGGUACAAGGAGUUCGUCAAACAAAAGAUGGCAAAGGAAUGGGAUUUUCCUGUUUGGACUUUGAAUGAGUUACAGGCUUGCCGACGUCAUUGCUAUCCGGAUGUACCCAUUGAGACUACCAAUGAGAGAUAUCGCAUGUAUGGUGGUGUAGCUCGUUCUGUCUUUGAUAUUGUAUCAAAUCCAAUGGAGGAAGCUUUGGCUGAUGUUGAUGCAGUCAAAGGGGUACGAAACAUUGGAUUCACAAUCAAACUAUCUGCAAAUACUCACACUUUGCUUCAUACCAUUGUGUCAGACGACGGACAGUACGAAUUCCUGCAUGUUGAUAUUGCUUCAAGAUAUAUUGGAGAACAACUCUGGAAACGUCAUUCUGCUCAAAUGAUUACCAAUAUACAGCAAAUGUUUGAUGGUAUUCCAACCAAAAUUUCAAGACAUUUGUUUGAGAUAUACGGACAUAUGGUUUUUUGUACUGGUGGACAAACUCUCAAAUGCAGAUGCCUGGAAGAUGGUACAGUGAAAAAGAUCACUUUGGAUGCACUCAAUGGCCAAAGAAUUACAUUUGGAAUAAAUACUAUUCCUACUGCAGCAGCACUUGAUGGCAACUAUUACGAACCGACAGAUGACGAUAGUUUUGCAGCAAUUGAUUCACUCAGUCGACAGGGAAUGUUCCAAUUUACAGCUGUUGCUGAACAUCCUAUUUGUGGAGUUGAUAUUCUUACAAAACUGUGCAAUUUGUAUGAUGAACCCAAACUUUAUUUUGUUGUUCCGCCUCACCAGUUUAAAGGGUUCAAAAAGCAGACUUUCAACCCAAUUGAUGGCACAGAGCAGCAUUUUGAUAAUGUCGGCAUUUGUCAGGAUAUCACACCUGACAACUUUGAAUCGAAUUUAGCAGUGAUUAUAGUAAUAGUGUUAGUGUAUUGUGAGCAAAUUAUUGAUGAUGGAAUAACACACAUUUUGGAUUUGAUAAAAGUGUUGCAAUUGACAUUUAUGUUUGUGGAUAACAAUAUUUUGGAAUCAACUCGUUCAACUUGGAAAUCAAUUGGAUUUCUUGCUGAUAUCAAUAUCAAUUUAUCACAAGAAACCAAAUCAAAAGUGUAA